AUGAUUAUCCUUGAAGACGUCCCGCGAACCCAUUUUGUUCCCAAAUUCAACAGGCGUAAGGCCCUAGGGUGCGGGCCAAGUUUGGUUGGUCGUUCAUUGCAAAGAGGAAACAGUGGCUGGGGAAAGAUGAAAGAUUGGACUGAAGCAUUGAUGAAUUUUCGAGAGGAAAUGUCAACUCUAGGUGGAGAGGGAAACUCUGGUCAUUCGGCGGCGAACAUUGACGUCACCUUGCUGCGAUCGAUCUCUUCUAAAUUGAAACACGGAAAAGCACUGGUAUCAGUCACAAACAUUGAGGCAGCUGGGUUAUUGUUGAGGGCCAUUUGGAAGGGAUACUGGUCGGAUGCCAGUAACAAGGAAAAUGUGAUCGACUUCCUGACAAAGGCAGAUCACAAACCGCUGGAGAGUUUGGGGGAUCUGGACAUUGAUGCAAUCCGUCAACCUAUCAAAGAUUUCCAUCGUUUAAAUCUACCAAUCCACGUGGCUGGGUUCCUGUCCCCCUUGGGACUUAUCACUGGAGUACCAUUGUGCAGUCGCGACUACGAUCGAUACUCAAUCUUCUUAGUAGGUCUUUUCAUGUGGAGAGCCUUAGGAAAUAUGCAACCAAUCCUGUUACGUUGCGUUGAAAAACUUCUUUGGCAUGCUAUCAUUUCCGUCGCCCAGGGACAAGAAACCGGACAUUCCGCUCUAGUAACCUUUCUCGCGCAGGUUCCAUGGGAGAAGCUCGGUAGUGUUCAGGAUAGUGAACGUCGAUGGUUCCACGCGGUGGAAAAAAAGGAAAUGAGAUAUCUGGAAGAAUUCGACGAUAUCGAUAUCAAAGAACUUCCUUUAUCUUGGCCGUUGAGGAUAACGGAGGAUGGACACCCCAAUAGCGAUCAGCAUCACAAUCCCGAACCAAACUGUUGUUGCCCUAGAGAUCGGACCAUCGGAGAUGGUGCUUUGGACGACAGCCACGGCGACCAAGCACCCGAAGGCCUCAAUAGCAGUGCUCAGCAUCACAAUCCUGACCCAGAAUGUUGUGACGCUGGCAAUGGGAUGAUCAGAGAUGAUGCUUUGGACGACAGCCACAGCGACCAAACACCCGAAGGCCGCCCCAAUAGCAGUGAUCAGCAUCACAAUCCUGACCCAGAACAUUGUGGCGAUCGGAUGGUUCGCGGCGACCAAGCACCCGAAGGCCGUCCCAAAGGUGAUCAGCAUCGCAAUCCCGAACCAGAAUGUUGUGGCACCGGCGAUCAGAAGGCUGGAAAUGGUGCUUUGGGCGGCCGCACUGACGGCUGCAGCGAAGAUAUACUAGGAGAUCUAAGUGAUUUAUCUGAACUAUCUUCUGACGAAGACGUCCCCCCUCCAGUUCCAGACAAGGCAAAGAGAAAUACUGGCAAGGGCUUGGGCCGCCCCAGCCGCAAAACUCCCACAAAAAGCGAAGGGAAAGCUAUGGCCAUAACGGGGAUCGGGUCAGUCUCUGAAUGGCCAAUCGAUGAAGCUGAAAUGGAGCGCCUAGCGGCACCUCGACCCCCGCUAACCCUAGAAUUUGACAAGAUCACCCAGGUAGUUAGCUCUUUCAUUUUGGACGGUCAUGGCUUGGGGCUAACUCCGUAUCAGAAAUACAAAAGCCCCAAGCAAUACUUGCUUUACGGUCCACAUGAAGACAACUCGACCACUUACAUACCUUCCUUUCAUGCAAAAACAGACCUGGGUCAUUUUGACGCAGUGUGGGAUUCUGUUUUGCGGCAGUAUACCUCAAAACCGGACGAUUCAAUCUUUUGGAUAUCCACACAUAAUAACUUCAAAAAAAUGAGUCAUGGACAAAAACAGGACUUGAUGCGCAGAAAAAAGGUUCUCGUCAUCACUGGUCUGCCAAUGGAUGGUCUUGCUUUCGAUGAAGACGGCAUGAGUGAAAUCGGUGGGAUUGAUGUGCCCGUUGACGUGCAGGAUCAAUCGAUCCCAGCCAAUAACGGCGAUUAUAACGUAAGGUUAAAAUUUGGAACUCUCAGGCAUCUGCUAGCAAGCGCAAGUUCGCGCGACGGGCGCACUCUGAAUGCCCUCAAUUUUCCCCUUGCCGUUGCUGAUGCGAAACCUGAUGGCAUUGCCAGCGACCUUGCAGCCUGGAUCGCAACUGAAAACACUGCUUGGUGUAACGCUUCCUCCUCCCAUUUCCCCAGUCGCGACGUCCGCUGGGGAUUGGCCGGCAACACGAAUGCCAUCCACUAUUGGCAUAUAGAUUCAGAUGGCUUUGGUACCUUUGUUGAGCCUUUGGUCGGGGAAAAGUUGUGGCUAGUGGCACGUCCCUUGGAUGAUCCAGAUGCUUUCUCCAGAACGAAUAUCUUUUCAGUCGAACACUAUAAUAUGGAGGGCCCGAACACCCAUAUAUUUGCUGUGGAAGCCAUGCUCCUGGUUCCUGGUACGCGACUGUAUAUGCCGCCUAAUACUCCGCAUUGGGUCCUGACUGUGUCCCAUGCGAUCUGCCACGGGGGACACUUCUAUUCUAGCGGUUCUAUUAGGGAAACGGCUGUCGCACUUUAUCGUGCAUUUGCCUCAGGGGGGCAUCUGACGAAUACGACUCACGCCGCUUCACGCGUUCUUCUUCGACGACUGGGAUUCUUUUGGCACUCGAAUAUUGUUCUUGGGGAAAACAGAGGCUCAACCCGUUUUUCUGCUCAUGUUCCAGAUAUUACGAUGUGGGAAGGCGUUUUGGAUCUCCUCUCAUUUUGCGCUCUUAUGGAGUUGCUGAAUGUUGUCGAUCAAUCGACGUACGAGGUUGCGUCGUCCACAUGCAAUUUCGACUCUUCCCGCCCUGCUGAUCCAGGGAUGUCUCCCCUCCACCGUUUGGAGUGCAUUGCUGCGCGGAGGAUCAGCCGAGAAAUGUUGCUACAUUUCUUUACCAACUAUGAACUUCUGGACUCCAGCGGUAGAUCGAUCGACGGCGUGCGCAACCUCUGGUGGAAGUAUUUGGGUCGGCAAGUGAAGUGUCUGGUGGAUCUCAAGCUCAUGUCUUUGAGGGAGGGUAUUGGUGGAGCAAAGGACUGUACUAAGGAAAAGUUUCAGAUGCAAAUAGCCCUUUUCUACAAGGGAUUUCCUCAUGAAUUCCGCGCUUUAGCCAUGGCCAACGAGGUGGACAGUUUUUCGUGGCCAAAAACAAACAGCCAUCAAGUCAGGGCCCUCAACCAUCCAAAGGCUGACGUUCGUUGUCUAUUCGAUCUUUCAGGGUUGACUGGCCAAGACAGACUAUAUUUUCAAGCUGUGAAGAAUGCACCGUUCAAGCUCGAACCGGCUGAUUUGCAACCAGAGGCAGAUCUAGAUAGAAUGGAAGUCAGUAGUGACGUGGAGAAAGACUUCGAGUCUCUACCUCCCCUGAAAAGAGCAGCUAUACACGAUGCUUCCGCACCUCCAGGGAAAAGACGCAGAAAGAAGACGUAG